UUAGUCAAGAAAAACACCGCCCACAUGCAGAGUUAAACACUUUAAAUUCACUUAAGUUUGGAAGAAAGCGUUUAACCAAACAAGGUGUGCGAGGUAUUCUUUAAGACACAAUCGGAUAUUUUGAGCGCAGUUAAUGGAUAAUCAAAUGUAACGAGUUACAAGGCAGUUCCGUUGUUAGUAUGUUUAUGUUUCGUGACAACUGAGCGUGGAAUUCGUAUGGAAAACACUGCGCCAACCUGUUGGACUGUCAGAUUUUUUUUUACCACUGGUACACUGAUGAGUAGGUAUUUGUAUCGUAAAACUGGCAGAGUUGAUUUGAUAACUCAAAUUCGAAGCCAUUGCAAAGCUCAAUCCAAUUUUCCCGCGUUUUCGCGCCUCGCUGACGGUACCCGGAGUCGAGGUUCUGAAAUCAAUCUGAAGCUUCCAAAUUUAGCCAGAAAAAUCAGCUGAUUAUCAUGAAAAUUUUAUGAAGGUAAAGCUGCCGUCGUUCUUGAUUUCAAGCAAAAGGUUGACGUAAUUUUGAUCCUUGGAAGGUUCAGGUUUAAGCUUUCAUCCUUUUUCAGCUGGAAAUUUGGCAACGAUGAAGGCAAAAAACCUCCUACCUUAAUUUAAGGUGAUUGAAGGCCAAACAAAGUUAGUUUUGAGAGAUCCGGAGAUUUAUGAUGCUCCGUUCCAUUCAUUUUCUGUUGUACCUGAUGUUACUCAAAGCGGCGACCAGAGCUCAAGUAUUCCAAAUGUUUCUCAUGGACCAGAAAGGAGAAAACGCUCAAGUCUUGGACACCGUCAAGUUACCCACUUGCACUCAUUUGGACAUAAAGCAUGACGUCACGUUGCGUGGCGGAAUCAAAGCCGGGAACUUCACCAAGCUCGGUUACCUGAGAGACAUGCAGACAUGCGUUGAUGCGUGUUGUCAGGAUCAAAAGUGUGACGUAGCUUUUAUGCCAGGUCACGUGUGUUAUUCAGUAAGCUGUUUCAGUGAGAAGCUUUGCGAAAGUAUUCCGGCUGUGCCAUCUAUUGCAGCCAAUAGGAGCGUGCGAAUUUCUCACGUGGUUCGAGGUGGAGGGAAAGGAGAUGAUUUGGAGCAAUUCAAGAAAACACAAGGGAUGGCAAAAUACACUCAGAAAGGUCCAGAUCAGUGCAUACCAAGCAGAAUUAUAACCAACCACACUCUGAGAGGAGGCAAGACAGCUGGGGAACUUAAAGAGCUUGGAAUGGUGGAGAGUGUAGAGGACUGCAUUGAAAAAUGUUGCAGAGGGAAAACCUGCGAGGUUGCUUUCCUGGUAGAUAACAAGUGCCAUUCUGUCGAGUGUUAUGGUGACGAGCUUUGUCAGAGUAUACCUGUGGAAGAUGAAAAGUUCUCUCCGACGGUUGUCUACAUGAACAAGAGAAAUGGCAAGAGAAUAAAGGAUAAAGGCACGUGUAGGUCUCCGUGCGUUUCUGGAGUUUGUACAGCUAAAGACAAAUGCACAUGUGAUAGAGGCUUUGAAGGAUCAAGCUGCAACGACACUGCUACUGAAGGUUUCUGUGGCUCGUCUGGCUGUGGAGAGUAUGGGAAAUGCUCUUUCAACGAUACAUGUGUUUGUGAGCCAGGAUACUUUGGGCACCUCUGCCAAGACAUGCUAACGUGUAACCCGCCAUGUGAAAAUGGAAGAUGCAUCGACAAUUCCACUAAUUCAACAACGUGUUAUUGUGAGAUAGGAUGGGAAGGGCAGUUUUGUAACAAAACAAAUGGAGAUAGGAAAAUUUAUUCAACUUCAGGAGGGGAAGUGUUAUUCACAAAAAUGGACCAAGAGGCAGAGAUGGAUAUCAAGAUUCAUCAGAUACCUUCCAAAUCAGCUGAAUCCAUCUCCGCGUUAGCUGUGGCCAUAGGAUGUGGAGUGGCGGCUGCCAUCGUUGGAGCAGCCACCGUGGCGUUUAUCGCGCGCAAAAUAUUGGGUAAAAAAUCUUCAAAUUAUGAACUGCUAAGAACGCCUAUACGACACAAGACAUAACGAAUAUUUUACAGUUUUGUUAAUGUUUCAUAUUUAUUUGGCAUAACACAAUAAGAGUCAAUUUCCUGAAUAUCAAUAGCUUAAAAGCUUAGAAUAAUUAUACGAACAAGCAUCCCAUACCGGGUUGUAGAUUAUUUAGAAAAUAUGGUAUAUUAAAUUUAAUUUCUCCAUAUUUUUAUUCAUUUGAUUUCAAAGGAAUAAAAGGCUCUAACUAAUGUAUUUAUUUUCGUAAUGAAGAAUAAACUUAUUUGAUUCUCAUUGGUUCCACCGGCAAAACCUGUGCCUAAUUUGCUUCAGCACAAGCUUGGAUUAGAUAAUUUUUUUAAGAAAAAAGAAUAUCCGCACUAAAAUAUAAAAUUGUGGAUCGUGCAACAAAGUUAAGUAACAGAUUGCCAAAAUAACGUUAUAAUAGAAAACAACUUCUCUUUCAUGAUUUAAUACAGUGCAAAAAUUAAUCACUUAUUAAAACCAGCAUGUUUACCUAAGCCAAGAUGGAGAGCAACUAUUUAGGAUAAUUUCUACUUAAGCCAAGCCAGCCUGAUAGCAUUCCAAAAUUUAAAAGUUUUGUUUGAGUUUUGAAAGAGCAACAGAUGUUUUACUAUCCGAUAAAACAUCACUAUAAGCGUGGUAAAAAUAGUAUUUCUAAUCUUCUCUUAAGCGAUCUGCAUCAGUGUUUUCUCCGUAAUUUUACCUGACCCUAUACUUAAGAUCGAUAAAUGGAGAUAAACAAGUGUAACUGUCGUCGAUAUACUUCAAUGGAAAUUAUUAUUUGGAAUCUAAAAGCCUCGAAUACCAAUAAAAUCACUUAAUUUUUAAAUAUUCGUUAACAUAUUGGUUGUCAUGGAAACACCUAAACAAAAUUAAGGUGUUUGUGUUGUUAGAUUGACCGACUUUGUUGCAUUUACAAUUUACUACCAGAAAUUUUUCCAGCAAACAGAGUAAAAAACCUGCUAUAAUGGGAAGUCCUGUGUAGAAGGUUUAGUAGCUCAAACGAAUAGAUUACAAAAUUUUGUUCUGAUUCGAGAAUAUCUCGGUUGUAUCUUUUCUAACCAAGAAUUCUCAUAAUGCAGUUACACUGGUCUAUUUUCAUUUUUACCUGUAGCAAUGUAAUUGGAAGAGAAAUGAAGAAUAUGUAGAUAUGUAAUUAGAUAAAGUAUGCAUAGUUUGUGCAGAACCUUAAGAAAAAGCAGAUUUCAAUUUGUCCGGUACAAUUUGUAUGUAAAUAUGGAUGAAUAAAUGUAAGCUGUGUAAAAUAUUUAUUAAAUAAAGAGAGA